CGCAAUCAUGAAUACAACAUAUAAAACAUUACGCGAGUGCAAAUUAUAAACCGCAAUAUGUGAAUGCUACUUAGUGCUCCCAAGAAAUUAGAACAGUCUGUAUUUGUCAACUAAAUGAAAAGUACAAUAAAAGUUCGAAAUUUAUAAGUCGCCGAAGAAAUUAGAACAGUCUGUAUCCGUCAACUAAGCAAAAUGUACAAUAAAAAAUUUGAUUCCUAUUUCAUUGAAUAGCUAAACUUGGAAUGACAAUUUCCUGAGUUUCCAAUGAGAUGACAAAUAUUUAGACAUUUUUUUUAGUGUCGUAAGUGAUUUGAAGGUUUCUGUUGGUCAUUUGAGUAAUAAAAUGCUAUAGCUCUCUGAUAAGAAUAUGCAGCAAGGUACGAUUGUAGUAAUGAAGGAGAGGCAAAAGUUGGCUGAACUUCUAAGAAAUUGUUCUAAGAAUUUGAUUUUGGAUGUGGGAAAGCAAGUUCAUGGAGCUGUAUUGAGGAUGGGUUAUGCAUUUGAUUUGAUGAUAAACAAUGAUCUCAUUGGCAUGUAUGGGAAAUGCAGCAGAAUUAAAUUGGCACGCUCAGUGUUUGACAAAAUGUUUGAAAGAAAUGUGGUUUCUUGGACAGCUUUGAUGUGUGGGUAUUUACAACGGGGUAAUGCUCAUGAAUCCUUGUUACUUCUCUCUCGAAUGGUUUCUGCAAAUGUAAGACCCAAUGAAUUCACUUUAUCGACUAAUUUAAAGGCUUGUGGUUCUAUUGGUGCUCUGGAGAAUGGACGACAGAUUCAUGGGUUGUGUGGUAAAAGUGGGUUUGAAAAGUAUCCAGUUGUGGGCAAUUCAAUUAUUGAUAUGUACUCAAGAUGUGGGAAAAUUGGUGAGGCUGAAAAUAUGUUUCAUGAAAUGCCUGAAAGGAGUCUUAUAACUUGGAAUGUAAUGAUAGCAGGGUACGCGACUGGAGGAUUUGGUGAUAAGUCUUUGUUUCUGUUCAAACAAAUGCAAGAACAAGGAGAAAUGCCAGACGAGUUUACGUUUGCAAGCACAUUGAAGGCGUGCAGUGGUUUUAAGGCAGUCCGUGAAGGAAGCCAAAUUCAUGGCUUUUUGAUAACAAGGGGAUUCCUUGUUUCUAGCCAGAAAGUUAUUGCCGGCGCGCUUAUUGAUUUGUAUGUCAAAUCAGGCAACUUGUUUGAAGCGCAGAAGUUGUUUAGUCAACUUGAACAGAAAAGUGUAAUAUCAUGGACGACGCUGAUGGUAGGAAAUGCUCAAGAAGGCAAACUACCAGAAGCAAUGGACCUGUUCAAGCAGCUCAGGGAAAGUAGCAUCGAAUUCGAUGGGUUUGUGCUGUCAAGCAUGAUGGGUAUCUUUGCUGAUUUUGCUCUUGUUGAGCUUGGGAAACAAUUGCAUUGCUGUGCAGUAAAAGUACCAGCAGGUUUAGACAUAUCAGUAUUGAACUCAGUCAUUGAUAUGUAUCUCAAAUGUGGCUUAAUAGAGGAAGCUGAAGCACUUUUUGAUGGUAUGCCACAUAAAAAUGUGAUUUCCUGGACAGUUAUGAUUACAGGGUAUGGGAAGUAUGGUCUUGGCUUAGAAGCAGUUGGAUUAUUCAAGAAAAUGCAUAUGGAUAAUGUUGAGCCUGAUGAAGUUUCCUACUUAGCUCUGCUCACAGCUUGUAGUCAUUCAGGGCUAGUUCAAGAAAGUGAAGAAUACUUUUCAAAACUAUGCAAUUCUAAUCGUUUAAAACCUUCAGUGGAGCAUUAUGCUUGCAUGGUUGACAUCCUAGGUCGAGCAGGACGCUUGAAAGAAGCUAAAGUUGUGAUAGAGAACAUGCCGCUAAAACCAAAUGUCGGCAUUUGGCAGACACUGCUUAGUGCAUGUAGAGUGCACAAGAAUGUUGAAAUAGGAAGAGAAGUUGGGGAGAUUCUCUUGAAAUUAGAUGGCAAUAAUCCCGUGAAUUAUGUUUUGAUGUCAAACAUUUUUGCUGAUGCCCGCCGGUGGGAAGAAUGUGAGGGAUUAAGAGGACUGGUGAAAGCAAAAGGUUUAAAGAAAGAAGCAGGACAAAGUUGGGUGGAGAUUGACAAGAAAAUGCACUUUUUCUACAAUAGAGAUGAGACACACCCACUUACAAAAGCUAUCCAUGAGUUUUUGUAUAAGAUGGAGAAGAAAAUGAAAGAUGAAUUCGGUUACACACGAGAAGUAAGUUUUUCAUUACACGAUGUUGAAGAAGAAACGAAGGAUGAGAGCCUGAGAUUUCACAGCGAGAAAUUGGCAAUUGGUUUGGCACUGCUUUCGGGUGGGGAUGAAAUUGAGGGGAAGCCUAUUCGUGUUUUUAAAAACUUGAGAGUUUGUGGAGAUUGUCACGAGUACAUCAAGGGUUUGUCAAAGAUUUUCAAGAAAAUACUUCUAGUCAGAGAUGCCAAUAGGUUCCAUAAGUUUGAGAAUGGAGCAUGUUCCUGCAGAGACUAUUGGUGAUAGUAUAUUUGUCAUGAGUACAUCAAGGGUAUGUUCAAGCAGCUCAGGGAAAGUAGCAUCGAAU